AUGCACUACAUCAACCUGCCUAUGAGUCCGCCCCCCUCUCCAGGAUCGCCAAUGACAAUCGCCUCAUCGCCCCGUACGUUGGUGCCGUCACCAAACAACGAUCGAGAGAAGACCUUGUCUGUCAUUUACUCACCUCACGGUGUUUCGUACGACGUGAUUCGUCCCUACGCAAGCUCCUACCUUGUAUCGGAAUCCGCGCUUCCCCUCACAGCGCUUCUACAUUCUUUUGACUGCGUUGAGAACCCUUGGUGGCUUGGAGGUAACAUAUCAGCUGGCAGUCCCGGUGGCACAGAGAUCGCCAAGAGUCUGUAUGCCAAAGCCUGGAUAUCUGCCCAUGAUGCAGACAAGGACAAUCGGGGCUGGGCCGUCAAGUUGACUCAGAUUGCACAGCACGCGGUUGACGAAGUGAAGAAGAUGGUGGAAGAGGGUGUCAUCAGGAAGACGCUGCCAAAUACCGAAGUCUGUUCGCUGAGGGCCGGCGACAAGCAUCGGAUUGCUGUGGGAUGA